CUCCGGUCCCUCAGCCAUGGCGGCUUCCGGGAGUGGUAUGGCCCAGAAAACCUGGGCAUCGGCCAACAACAUGCAGGAAGCGCAGAGUAUCGAUGAAAUCUACAAAUACGAAAAACAACAGCAAGAAAUCCUGGCGGCGAAACCCUGGGGUAAGGAUUGCCAUUACUUUAAAUACUGCAAAAUCUCAGCGUUGGCUCUCCUGAAAAUGGUGAUGCAUGCCAGACCAGGAGGCAACCUGGAAGUGAUGGGCUUAAUGCUCGGGAAAGUGGAUGGAGAGACCAUGAUCAUCAUGGACAGCUUUGCUUUGCCUGUAGAGGGCACUGAAACCCGAGUAAACGCUCAGGCUGCUGCCUAUGAGUAUAUGGCUGCAUACAUAGAAAAUGCCAAACAGGUUGGCCGCCUUGAAAAUGCAAUUGGCUGGUAUCAUAGCCACCCUGGGUAUGGUUGCUGGCUCUCUGGGAUUGACGUUAGUACACAGAUGCUUAACCAGCAGUUCCAGGAACCAUUUGUAGCGGUAGUGAUUGACCCAACCAGAACAAUAUCUGCAGGAAAAGUGAAUCUUGGCGCCUUUAGGACACAUCCAAAGGGCUACAAGCCUCCUGAUGGAGGUCCUUCUGAGUACCAGACUAUCCCACUUAAUAAAAUAGAAGACUCUGGCGUGCACUGCAAACAAUAUUAUGCCUUAGAAGUCUCAUAUUUCAAAUCCUCUUUGGAUCGUAAACUACUUGAGCUUUUGUGGAAUAAAUACGGGGUGAAUACCCUGAGUUCCUCUAGCUUGCUUACUAAUGCAGACUAUACCACUGGCCAGGUAUUUGAUUUGUCUGAAAAAUUAGAGCAGUCGGAAGCCCAGCUGGGGCGAGGGAGUUUCAUGUUGGGUUUAGAAACCCAUGACCGGAAGUCAGAAGACAAACUUGCCAAAGCUACUCGAGACAGCUGUAAAGCUACCAUAGAAGCCAACCACGGAUUGAUGUCUCAGGUUAUUAAGGACAAACCAUUCAAUCAAAUUAACGUCGCUUAGUUACCACUGAGGACUUUUUCCUGAAAGCUGACGUGUAGAAUAAACAGCACCUCCCGUAACACUUUUAAACCAGUUACCAAAACUCAGACUAGAAGACUAAGGUGCUGUGCAUGUCUUAAGUAUGAGCACUGUAAUAAAACUCUAACAUGAAAAAAAAAAAAAAAAA